AUGAGCGACGGCCGGUCAUGGCGGGGCGUCUACGAGGAGUUUUUGUGGACUCUCUUUGAGGAUGCGCAUUCCAUCAUUGCCGAGAUACUGCGGCUUGCCGACGAAAUCCCAGCAGCCCUGCGCGACCCGGCCAAAUCUCGUUUUCGCAUGGUGUUGGCCGAUUUUUCCUACUUUGAGAAAAGCGACCAUUUUGAAGCGGGAUUCAGAGGGAAUAAGGAGCUCGAUGAUCUCUUCUACGACGAGCACGAGGAGCAACUCGGCCGCUUCGAGCAACUCUUCAACGCAAUCGCUAAUUUUAUUCGAGGCUUUCAAGACGACGAUCGGACAAACGUCGAAUUCCUCGUCGACCUUUUGCGGGCUCGCACGGCUGCUGGUGACACGCUCUUUAAGCGCGUGAAAUUGAACGCGAAUUUUGUCCGGGACGCGAUUCGGGUUUUCGAUUCCGGGAUCUUUCAGACAAGCUCAAACUCGUUAGGGCGGUUGCGCACGAGGGCACCACAGGUGCUCUGCGGUUGCCUCUUCUUUGCGCCGUCCAUCCUCAACGACGCGCAGCUGAUGCGCAAAUUGAUCGACAACUAUUUCCGGGAGCAAUGGGUGAUCUCCUUGGGGAUGGGGACCGUCGUCAACCUGUUCGACGAAUGGGCCUCGUAUAAAGGGGCUCAGGCGGCCCUCGCCGCUAAUAUGGAUGUCAUCAGGGCCAAAGAAGUUGCGGGGAACAAGCUGAAGAGCCUGCGGGCCGUCGAGCUGCCCCAGGGCCAAAUCGGGGCCGAGAAGCUGAAGCCGUGCAUCGGGCUGAUUGCGCAGUACAACGCCGAACUGCGCUGGCUCGUCCUCCAUUCGGGCAAGUUUUUAAAAAGAGAACAGAAAUGGGGACUCGGGAAGAAAGCGCUGAGCUACGCGAUCGCCGUCCAGACCGCCACCCAAUUCCAGCUGCGCGCGCUGCGCGCCACACUGAGGAUUGCCAACUUCGAGAUUGAGUUUUUCAAGACCUACCACGAAUACCUUGGCCAAAAGGACGAGUCGAUCCGUCGAUUGACAGCCUCGGCCUGUGAGAUGUUGGGCGAAAUAGCGGCCGUCUUCAGCCAGGGUUUUGCCUCACUGCGUGUCGAGAAGAAAACCAAACUCCACGAUUGGUUACUGGUGCUCCAGAAGACGCUGGCGGAUGCCCAGCCGAAGACGCCGGGCGAAGGUGCCGAGCUGGCCAAGCACGUAAAACGCCGUAUCGUUCAGGUGGGCGAAAUGCUGGACCUGGGCGGGAAUUUGGCCAUGGCGCAGUAUUUGGAGAAGAUCGGAGUUGAACUCGACGCGCUCGCCGCCGCGCACCAAGUCAGCCCGGGUGAACUGCGCCGGGCCGAGACAUCCGCCUGCUCUGCGUACGCGUGGGCAAUAGUCGACACAUGGUCUCCGCAAGUCGAGAAGCUGCUCGUCGAGUCGAGCAACAGCGCCACGGUCCGCGCCCUUUUUCAUAAGCUGUCGCUAGCGGUGACGAACUUGUCAAACGACUUGCACACGGAAGAGCGUCGGAAGAUGAUCGCUGACGCGUAUUCUGCGCAGCUCGAGAAAAGGAAAAUCGUCCAAUCGGUGCCACGACAUCUCUUUGUUCUGCUUCGGGAUAACGUUGCAGCACUACUGGAGACUGAGUGGCCAGCACAGAUUUUGAAGGAAGAGGCUAAAGAAAUGGCCGACUUCGAGAGCAACUUCAAGCUGGCUGAGGCGACGUCGACCAUCUCGAACAUGAGCGUCGGAAUUUCGAGGAUGUCGCUGACAAGGGUCGGCACACUGGAGGUGCGCCCUCGCGAAUUGCUGACCGAGGGGAUCCGAGCUGAGCUACGAGCACGACUCCCGGAAGUGAUGGUUGUGAAGGAGAGCGGAUUGCGGAGUUGCCUGUCCUACCUCACGAAAGCGCUGCAUAGCUUGCACACGUCGUUCCUCUACCUGUGCGAGCAUAUCGAUGUGGCUGGGCAUGAGAUGUGGAGGAAUGAGUUAACCGGUUGUCUACAACGGAUGGCCGAGGAGGAGAUGACCUCCCUAAUAGCUCAAGAAUCGCUAAAGGGCAAGAACGGCCGAUCAACGACGUUGAACCCCACCACGGCACUCGGCAUCACCACCCAGAUGCUGCUCAACGCAUCGUCGCCCAGCUCCGCCCUCUCGACCCCAGAAGCCUUUCCGGAAGCCGCGCUCGAGCUGCUAUGUGACUUGCUGCGCGGGAACGCACACGUGCGGCCCGCGCUUACCAAGUUUCAGGGGAUCAAGAUCCCGACACACACGGCGUUGGUCUUGUUCAGCACCUGCCUCGGCCUUUCCCAGCGUUUCCAAACAGGCUCGAAGUUGUGCCCAGCCAGCCUCCUUGCCGGCUUCCAAGCUUUUGCGCAUCAAUUCGGUUUGGAGCUGGAGGUGCUGGCCAUCGCCCGUCUCUUCAACGACUCGAUCAGGACCGCCCAACCGCUCGCCAAACUGCCCGCCCACUACGUGAAUAUCCUGUCAACGGUUGAAGGGGUCCUGGAA